AUGGAGGGUGUUAUCAAUGAAGGUGACCUCCCAAUCAACCAGCAUGUGGAAGGCUGCAUCACGCCCCCCUGUCUCCUGCCUCAGCUACAGGACGUUGUUAUCAACGUUGUUUUCAGAGCGACUCGCACUUCCAGAAGUAUGAGGACCCUCGCAACAGCCAGCGUGAACUUCGGUAUCACCAUUGAUAUUGAAUACGAUCUAGGACCCAAUGCAGUCACUUGCAACUUUCUGACGAACACCUACUGUCCGGUACUAAAGGACGAAGUGAUUCAGUAUACAUUGAAAAUGUACAUCGAACCAUUGUUCAUUGUGGGCACAGCUGCGACAGUUGAGUUUCGGGUUGUGGGCGAAACCAAUGAACCGUUGUGGUGUCUUCGAAUACCAAUCAGGAUCGUGCCCGCUGUCAAUCCCGUGCAUGAAAUCGAACAAAACACAACACGCUUGACACCUUAGACUAAAGUGUCGACAUUAAUAUGUAGUUAUAUUAGUUGUAAGUUCAUUUUAUAUAAGAAAAUUCAAUUAUACUCGCCUGAAAUGUUUGCAUGAAUGCUAGAAGAUUCUUCGUAAAACAAAAUUUGUCAAUCCUCGUAUCAAGAGUGGCAGUGUGUUUAAUAGUUGGGUGUGUGCGUGAUCAUUACAAGAUUUGAUUGAUUUGUGUUUCAAAUGCAAGCAGACAAUUCGGCAUUGGAGGCGAAUGUUUGUGCCACUUACAAUUUCCGCCUCAUCUCCUUCUUCCUAGGUAACUAGCGUCAGUCAAACGAGUCUCGUACUGUCUUCGCGAGUAACUCCAGAAGAUUCAAUAGAGGAAUCGACGAUACGAUUACGAUGACAA